CUCUCAACACAUACAUGCCGCACUAGUCGCUCGCGAAAAUUGCUUUUUUCCUUUUCUGGUUUUUUUUUUCUUUUUUUUUUUCUUACUUUUGUUGCUGCGUCGAUGUUACAGUGAGUCUCCGCAGGUCUCGAUUGUCGAAACGAGACAAUAAUACCUAUAGGCUUACAACCAAAGUGUGUAUAAGUAAUAUUGUUACAAACUCAACGCAACCAAUCUUUACUCUUCUCCGUGUCUCGGUGUGCUCUCGGUGACGAGUGUUGUGAUAUCUCGCCCUACUCCUCGUUGUGUACAUGCGUGCUUGUUUUUUUUUUUUUUUUUUUUUUUUUUAUCCAAAUACUUUACUUUUUUUUGGAGCAUCGGAGUAUUACCUACAAGUAUAUAACUACGACACUACUGGCACCCGCUGCGAGACGUUCCUUAACUUCAGCACUAUGUCGAGAUCAUUCAAUCAAGUCAGAUCGUGAUAGGAGCAAUCAUCUGUUGAUAAUAGCUAAACACGCGAAAGUGGAGACCUUAGGAGCAAAAGAGGCAGUAAAGCUCGAAAACAGCCAAAUAAAAAAAAACGCAAUAGUGAUAAUAAGAGAUAAGAGGGGGUGAAGAAGAAGAAGAAAAAGAAAAAAGAGCGUAGAAAGGUGAGAAGGAGGAGUAGCAAAGUGGAUAGAUCCGAGAGUAACAAGAUCAGAGACGCGAAAUCGGGUCCCAUGUUAGCGGACAUAAACGGCAACCUGGCGGAUCUGAGAAGCGAAGCUGCGAUGGCGUCGCAGAGGUUCUGCCUACGCUGGAACAACCACCAGAGCAACCUGCUCUCCGUAUUCGACCAGUUGCUCCACGACGAGGCCUUCGUCGACGUCACGCUCGCCGUCGAGGGACAACUGCUCAAGGCCCACAAGAUGGUGCUCUCGGCCUGCAGUCCCUACUUUCAGGCGUUGUUCACCAAUCACCCGGACAAGCACCCGAUCGUCAUACUGAAAGACGUGCCGUACGCGGACAUGCGCAGCCUUUUGGACUUUAUGUACCGUGGCGAGGUGAGCGUCGACCAGGAACGAUUGACCGCUUUUCUCCGCGUCGCCGAGUCCCUGCGCAUCAAGGGCCUCACCGAGGUCAACGAGGACAAGUGCGACCUGCCUAGCAUCACCUCGUCCCUCCUCGCCAAUCAGAACAGCGGACCGCUACCGCCGCCCAAUCUACACCGCAUCAACCAGCUCGGGCAGCACCAAUUGCCCCAAAAGAGGUACCACCACCAGAUGUCGAGCCACCCGAUGUUGGGCUCCGCGCUGUCGGCGCCAAAGCGAAAACGCGGUAGGCCGCGCAAGCUCAGCGGCUCGUCCGACACGCCGAUGGACACGAGCUUGGGCCACGACCAGCAGUGCUCGGAACUGUUGCAGGGCUCGCCCGAGCUGAUGGAGCUGAAAAUGGGCCUGGACUUACAGAGCGAGGCGGCGCAGAACAGCAGCGCCGGGAGCUCGAGCGUGGGCUCGAACACGAGCCACAACAAUCAGAGCAGCGGCGCGGCCAAGAGGGACGCCGAGCCCAUGGAGAACGGGACCGAGGCCACCGAGGCCAUGCUCUUGAGGAUCAAGGGCGAGCCGGAACCCACGCCUGGUACUUCGGCGCAAGAUUUCACACGAUCCUCAUCGUGCAGCAGCAACAGCAGCGUCAAGUCUGAUGUCUCAGACAAAUCGCUUGGUAGCAUAACACCGGAAAAGUCGACGACACCCUCGGCCCAGCAGCAGCAGCAGCAGCAGUUGGCCUCAAACGAGUCCUCGCCUCGCGCGACACCAAGCAAUAACAACAACAACAACAAGAACAACCCGUCCACCUUACCCACGCCCUCCUCAAACACGAAAAACAACAACAGCAGUAGUACCAACAACAAUAGCGUAGCCUCAACGCAGAGCAGCACGAGCACCACCUCGACGGCGACGACGACGAGCACGAGGACAACGACGACAACAACGACUACGCCAACGCCGACGAGGAGCCCAUCCCCGCGCUCGAGCUCGCUACCUCGGGGAGUCCCCUCGACGCCCCCGAGCCAGCAACAGACUCAGUCUAGCGGCGCGAUGAGCGCCCCGACCGGCCGGCAAGUGCCCAAACGGCGCAUGCGCCGCAAGACGUCCUCGCAAUCGCAGGACCCAGCCGAGCAGCUGACGGAGAUGUCGGUGCGCGGGCUCAACCUCUUCCGCUACGCUUCGAUAUCCGAGGGUGUCUACCAGUGCACCGAGUGCGCCAAAGUCGACAUACAAAAGACCUUUAAGAACAAGUACAGCUUCCAACGACACGCCUUCUUGUACCACGAGGGCCACCAGCGCAAGGUCUUUCCUUGUCCCGUGUGCAGCAAGGAGUUCUCCAGGCCGGACAAGAUGAAGAACCACAUGAAGACCGUGCAUGACUGCUUCAUGCCCAAGGACUGCGUUAAUCUGCCGUUCGGCUUUUACAUGCAGCCUUAACUUUGAGUCAUGUCUUCCAUUUUUUUUUUCCUUCCAUGGUUGACCAGUUGUGAACUGAAUCACACCAUUGCGGUUCUCGCCGUUCUUUUUCUAGUUAAGUAAAUUUUUUUUUUUUUUUUUUCAUAUAUUGUCUUCCGAGUCUCAGUGGAUUUUUUCUCUUAUUCCUCCACUCGCGCAUUUGGCUCUGUAGAUGUCGGCGAUCUAAGGUAAUGGGCUCGCGUGCUGGACUGACUCUGAUGACUCGCCUUGGAUUAUUAUUAUUAUUUUUAUUUUUAUUAUCAUCAUUAUUAUUAUUACUAUUACUACUAUUAUUAACAUUAUUAUUCUUUUAUUUUUUGACGGGAUUCGGAAAGGAUGCGUUUAUGUUAAUAUACAUUGGAUUUAAUUUAUAUUAGAUGACAUAUUUUUUAAUUAACAUUGUUUGCGCACCAUUCCUCCCGCGUGUCACGAACUGAAACGUAUCGUUUGUAUGUUUAAAAUUGAAGGUCUUUCAAUAUUAAAAUUUCUUUAUCGAACUAAUUUUUUGUAUUUUUCUCAUUGUAGAUGUAUGAUAAUAAUUAUGAGACUCGUUUCCUGUCUUUGUUCGAAAUUCAUGCAAUUUCCUUUAUAUUAGUUAUCUUGUUAUAAUUUUGCAAAAAUAUUGCUGCUUAAUGUUGAACCAAGUAUUUACUAGGUGAUAAGAAAGUAUUUAUUGAGUUUUUGAAAAUUAUUAAAAUUACAAUCUAUAUUAAUGUCGGCUGCUGCUCCAUUUAAUUUAUUUAGUUUGAUAAGACGUCAAAUGUUUAUCAUUUAUAGACAUUUUUUUUAUGCAAAUGAAUAAUUAAUGUAUUUCUCUUAGGCAUAAAAAAAAAUUUUUUUUUCUCGUCAGCCCGACAUAUAAUAUGUACAAUACGUAGUUAAUAAUAAUUAUUGGCGUUCACGCCGUGCCUGAUAUAUUUUGUCUUAAAUUCUUCCAUUUAAUUCUUCCAUAUAUUUUCUGAUCGAUCGAAAUUAACAAGCAUAACGAGACAAAUCGUAAAACUGACAGCGAUACUGUGAUCAGAUGUAAGGGACUCGACAGUAUUUUUUUGUUUCGUAUGAUUACUUUUUUCUUUUUUAUUUAAUGUAGUGUGACGCUGGAACCAGCUUUUGUACUAUCGAGACAAAUCUCGAAUACUCUCUAAUAUUUUGUGUAACAUAUUUAUAUUUAUAUAAAUCCAGAAAUAUUGUAUAAGGAAAUAAAAAAAAAAUUUAAACACUAAGUGACUAAGCUGUACACUAUGUAAUUAUUGUUGUUACGAAUACAUUGUAACUUUGUUCAAUUCCGUCUCUUUCCAUUUUUUGCUCGCUUGGGAUGGAUAGUACAAAAAUUAGCACCAGCGCACGAUCUAAUAUUCUAUUUCUUGAUCCAGUGACAAUAGUUGCAAGGAUAUUAUAACCACCGAAAUUUGGAGUCUAAAAGUUUCGUUGUUUUUCAUUAUAUAUUUUUAUUCACAGAAAAUUUAUGAUGCUGUGAGACAAUAAAAUUAAUAUAUUAUAAAAUGCUAUGAAUCAGUUUCCAAUAUGUUUUAUAUUUUAUAAUAUCAUUAAUUUUUUUUAAUUUUAGUUGUAUAUGUAUAUAAUAACCUUUAACGCUAAAGCGUUGACACGAUUAAUAUUGAAAAUUUUGUGACUAUGGCGUUAUUGAUAAAUAAAUAUAGUUAUACGAGAAAUGAGAAAGUAAAAGAGAAUAAUAAUUAAUAAUAUUUUAUUAGCAUGAAGAAAACUCACUAAUGUCAGGAGCACAAUAUAGUAUAGAGAUGCUACACCAGCUUCUAUGGUCAUUACAAUGUGUGUAAAGCGUUAUUACACGCGUUAUUGUGUGUACCCAUAACAUAAAAAUGAAGUAAAAUAAAGGUGCCUGGUGGCGAUGCUGAGAACAAUCAUAUUAAGAUAAUAAAAAUAUGCACUAUUGUAACAAUAAUUAAUAUUAUAUAUUUAUAUGAUGUUUU